GAGAAGGUCCGGUUGUUAUGGUGAAGCAUUUAUUUCUCCUGGAGCAAAAGUGGACAGCAGCUGAUUCAGUUACACAGCGGCGGACCCGGACACGAGCUUCGGCUGACAGGGGCUUAAUUUAUAAAACCACCUAAUGAGAAGCUCCCUCAAGUCCGGUCGCUGCAUCACCACAAGUUCUCAAUGGACCUGUUAGGAUGCAGACUGAGCUAGAUUUGGACACAGAGCGAUGAAUGAGUUGCAGACAGAAGACAAUGUUAUUGAGGGCCUGAUCAUUGACACAUUUGUUUCCUGCCAAAAAGUCCACCAACAACAACAACAACAACAAGUUGACUUUGGAAUAGUCUCUACUUGCCACUGUGGGAUACUUGAAUCCUGCCACUGCAUUACCUACAGUUGUGUGAAUCCUGCGGAGGCCCCUUUUCAGUUCUUCCUACCUUGUGUAUUUAUGUUCACAGCCACCAUAUUCUCACUAUGGAUUCUCAAAGACUUGCCCCUCUGUUGGAUCCAAGUCUUGGGCACAGUCACCACCACGUUGCAUUAGAAGCUCUGACAGAGCAUCCAACCUGGAGAAUAGUUUGACUCCGCCUUUCUAGCACUAUCUUUUCCCUCCGUCUCUCUCUUCCCUGGAUGGCUCAUUGGUCAAGUUACCAACAGUUGAUAUGGAUGGGAGGACUGACAGUCGGUUACAAUCCCCAGCUUGGAUGAUAAUAUUUUGGACAUCUUUUCCCCUCCUUUUUCCCAUGGCACAAUAAGAGUUGUAUCAUCUGAAAGAUGGGAAAGAGACAUUGCAGCAAUUAUUUGUGUUGCUCACAUUUGAAAUCAUGGAGAUAUCCUUCACGUGAUUGCGCAAUAUAAAUUGUUUCGUUUCAUCGAACUUUGGACAUUUUUGCAGCUUGCUUGAGUUUUUUCUUCUUCAUAUAUUUACAGAUACACUGCAGUAUCUGGUUGUGCUCUCCCACAGACCCUAAAGUAGGCCUGGUUGGCCUUAAAGAAGGGCCUCUUUAAGGGACACAGGGAUAUGAGAAGUUUGAGAACUUGAAACUUUUAUAUUUAACAUCCUUUGGGACUAAGAGGAAAAAAACAAGAACAAAGAAGCGAAGCCACCGUGACGUUCGUUCAUAGGGUUGUGGGGGCAUGGCAGCAGAGCACAGCGAGCUGCUGGCUGAAAUGGCCACGGUUGGGCGUUUGAGUGCUACCGAACGCCUGAAGCACGCCCAGAAGCGCCGCACUCAGCAGCUGAAGGGGUGGGCGCAGAUGGAGAAGGAUGGAGCACGAGGGUCAAGGGCCAAAGCGGAUAAGAAAAAGGCGCGCACCACCAAAGUUACAUUCCCCAAGUCCAUCACACUGCUAGACGCAACUGCACGCAAUGACCUGGAGGAGGUUAGGGAGCUUCUUAACAAUGGUGUGAGCCCAGAUCUGGUCAAUGAGGAUGGACUGACAGCCUUACAUCAGUGCUGCAUUGAUGAUUUUGUGGAGAUAGUGCGGUGCCUGCUGGACGCUGGUGCCUGUGUGAAUGCCUGUGACAGUGAGCUGUGGACACCGCUGCAUGCUGCUGCCACCUGUGGACACACUGCAUUGGUGCAGCUCCUGAUUCAGUCUGGGGCUGACCUGAUGGCUGUCAAUGCGGAUGGCAACAUGCCCUACGACCUCUGUGAAGACGAGGCCACCCUUGAGCUGCUAGAGAUGGUUAUGGCUGAACAGGGGAUAACUCAGGAUCGUAUUGAUGAAUGUCGAGGGGCUAAAGAGUCGACCAUGCUGGCUGAUAUUCGGGCUCUGCUUCAGAGCGAAGCGGACUUGAACGCACAGGAUGCUAACGGAGCUACACUGCUCCAUAUAGCGUCUGCUAACGGCUACAUGUCGGUGGCGGAACUGUUGCUCGAACACAGAGCUCUGGUGGAGGGAAAGGACUCUGAUGGCUGGACACCGCUACAUGCCGCCUCCUGCUGGGGACAAAUCCAAAUGGUGGAACUGUUGGUGGCCAAUGGAGCCAGUUUGGACACAAAGUCUGUGCUGGAGGAGACACCUCUGGACGUAUGUAUGGAUGAAGAGGUCAGAGCCAAACUGAUGGACCUGAAGCACAAACAUGAUGCCAUCAUGAAGAGCCAGGACCGGCAGAAGAGCACCCUGCAGAGACGAGCCUCUAGUACUGGCAGCAGAGGUAAGGUGGUACGUCGUGUCAGUGUCAACGAGCGCUCCAGUCUGUACCGACGGGAGCACCACAAAGAGGCCAUGGUGUGGCAGGAGCGCGGCCGACAGCCAGAGCCACAGGACGACGAUGAGGACAGACAAACGGACAAUGAGCUACACCAGCAUGCGACCCUGGCUGCUGGUGGUGGAGCCACAGAACGUUUAGGGGAACUCGAGGCUGCAGACAGGAAGAUUGUGUCCAGUGUAGGUAACGGAGACACCUCUGUUUCGCUGGCCUCCUCUGUACCUGGAGAGCUGUGGACUGGUGGGGGUCUCAUGGAGCGCAGCGCCUCGUACCAGCUAUGCCCUGCAUCUGGAGCUGGGUUGGGGUCUACAGGAGGAGAGGGGGCAGACAAUAUGACUCGGGAGAAAUCGCACCAUACACUGGCAGACCUGAAACGGCAGCGGGCAGCUGCCAAGCUCAAUAAGUACCCAGCACCUCCCCCACCGCUGCCUCCUCCCUUAGAGGAGGAGCCUUCUGGAGCAACGGUCGAGGUGGAAGACGCUCAGGCCCAGCCAGAGCUCCAAAUGACCCCUAGUGCAGAGGAGGUAGCCUCCCCAAACCAGGUAUAUUUCACCCCAGCCAGCGGAGACCCCCCUCUGCUGAAACUCAAAGCCCCUGAAGAGGACCAGUCUAACAAUAAGGAGCCUUGCUGUGGACUCAUGUAGACAGUCUGACACUCCAAUUUUACACUCCAAACACCUUUCAAAACGCACAUGCUUGAAAUAAAUCAUUGUAGACUGAAUGUAAGGCCACAUGCCAAUGAGGAUUUGAUCUACACUGCAUUUCAGUGAACUGAAGAGGAAUCUUUGUGCUUAUUUGUCAUUCUUUUUUCAAUACAAGACACACUUUACACUAAGGUCCAAGCAUUCCCUGUUGCUUCCUCUUAUUUAGUGACUGCCCGGUAAGAUGUUAGGCAAUUACAAGCAAAUAUUUAUUUUGCUCGGCCUUUGACAUUACUUAACUUAUUUCUUACUACACUCCUCAACUAUUGUAGAUUGACUUUUCUUUGAAAAGCCUUAGACUCAUGUAAAAGUUUAAUCAACCACAAAAAGCUGAAUUUUAAUGGCAGUUCAAGAUUAUUUGUUUUAAAUUAUGAAUGAGAGGAUGUCUUCUUUACUGAGUGCUUUGGCGGUACGUGAUACAUUUACAUAAUAAGACGGGGGUUAUGUGCUGUUGAGCGAGUGUCUGGUCGGGAUAGCUUCAGUACACGGUAUAGCUACAUUGAAUUUACAUUAGUGUAAAGAUGAAAUCAAGGACUGUUCCCAUGUGUGAUUAAUUUUGUUCUUGGACUAAAAAUAUGCGGAGGUUUCAUUUUUUAAAUGACUUUUCCAGUGCACAGAAAAGCCUAUUUUUCAACAUGCGUAAUGGUGCAUGAUUUGUAAAUCAACUGUUUGUCACUAAAGUAAGAUGUGAGAUCAUAUAUGUAUAUUUAAAUCGGUGGACAAUUUACUCAGCCCCUCAUUAUCAUUUCUAGAUUUCUAUUUUUUGUCAGUAUUUCUAUUUUUCUACUCUCUGAAUGGAAUCACAUUAUUUAUUCUAUCUGAUACUGAAUACGGCUGGGGGUGUACAGUGUACAUUUUUUUGUAAAGUAUGAAGGUAAAAUAUUUAUCUAAGAGAUGACGUAUCACUUUUUCUUUUUGACAAACCAAGUAAAAUUGUAUUUCCUUUGUCAAAGGUCGGUGCCUUCUUUAGGUGGUAUAUUUGAUGUAGGUUUGCAAUUCUUGCACAAAGUCCCACAUGUAAAUUUGGCGAGCAGUGGGAUGAAAUGAAAUAUCAUUCUCCAACAGCUGUCAGUGCACUCUAAUUUCUGUAUCGCAAUUCCGUUUUGUUAGUGAUUUUUACUGAGCACUGUUUAGAAAAACUAAAUAUAUAAAACAUUAUGUUUUCUCUAAUGAUUUUUGUAUUGUUCUUCAAUGGAUCUGAGCAUUAUGUCUCUAGGUAUUGUUUAAAGGGACGGAAUCCGAUAAUCAUGUUGGUUUGCUUUAAGUGUUUUGGGGCUUUUUAUACAUUAGUCGUGGUCAAAUAAUGGCCUCAUGUUUAGAGGAUGUCUCCCACUUGUGGUGAGCAGUUGCACAUUGUACACACUUGUCCUCCCCGAUGCCUUUUCUCUUCCUCUUCCGUCAUGUGGUUACUCACUUCCAGCAUAUCUUGAAUGUCACAGUCUAUUCUGAUCCACCUGCCAGGGCAGCACAUGAUAUACACACAGUAAACACUU